AUGUCAUUACCUCUACGACCUGCAUUGGAAAACGUCACAUCGGUAGAUCGUGCGUUAGAAGAUCUUUUAGUAAGAUUCAUAAUUAAUUGUCCUCCAGAGGAUUUAUCCACAAUCGAAAGAGAAUUAUUCCAUUUCGAAGAAGCAUCAUGGUUCUAUACAGAUUUCAUCAAAUUAAUGAAUCCAACUUUACCACCUUUAAAGAUUAAGUCAUUCGCUAUUAAAAUUAUUAAAUUAUGCCCACUGAUUUGGAAAUGGAAAAAUAUCAAAGCUGAUCAAGCAUUACAAAAAUUCUCUACUUAUAAGAAAUCUAUCCCAGUAAGAGGUGCUGCAAUUUUCAAUAAAGCUUUGAAUAAAAUCCUAUUAGUGAAAGGAACUGAAUCUGAUUCGUGGUCUUUCCCAAGAGGGAAAAUUUCAAAAGAUGAAAAUGAUGUGGAUUGUUGUAUUAGAGAAGUUAAGGAAGAAAUUGGAUUUGAUUUAUCCUCUUAUAUUAAUGAAGAUCAAUUUAUUGAAAGAAAUAUUCAAACUAAAAAUUAUAAAAUUUAUUUGAUCUUUGGUAUAGAUGAAAAUUUUGAUUUUAAGCCGCAAGUUAGAAAUGAAAUUGAUAAAAUUGAAUGGAAAGAUUUUAAAAAAUUAUCAAAAUCUAUUUAUAAUCGGUCAAAUUAUAAUAACAAUAACAACACGAAAUAUUAUCUUGUUAAUUCAAUGAUUAGACCAUUGUCAAUGUGGUUGAAACAUCAAAGACAAAUUAAAAAUGAUGAUCAAUUAAAACAAUAUGCUGAAGAUCAAUUGAAAUUAUUAUUAGGUAUUACAAAGAAGGAACAAAUAGAUCCAGGUAGAGAACUAUUAAAUAUGUUACAUUCCGCUGUACAAUCAAAUGAUAAUGAAUCUACAACGACAGCACCACUUAAUGAUGAUGUUAACAUAGAUUCAAACAUAUCUUCUCAAUCUCAUUCUCCUUCGCCUUCUGUUAAUCAAUUGGCUAAUCCUGAUUCAAAAUUCAUGUUUGAAAAACCAAUGGUCCCUCCUUCUUCUACAUCUUCAAUGUUACCUCCUCCUCCUCCUCCUCCUCAACAACAACAACAACAAAUGAUGUACCCUCAAUCGUUCAAUUCAAUGGGGUUCCAACCUUUUACUCCCUUCCCCUUCGUUAAUGGUAAUAUGCCGUUAUUUGUCACUCAACAACCACAGCAACAACCACAGCAACAACCGCAACGACAACCACAUUUACAACCGAUUGUUUCUGCACCAAAUUAUAUCCCUUCUCCUACUCCAAAUAUAGGUACAUUAUCUAGACCAUCUUUAUCAACAAAUACUCCACAACAUACUCAACUGUUAAAUAAUCCCAUCCAACAAAUACAUCCUACUUCAUUUGCUAAUCCAAUAGCUACUCAAAAUCUUAAUAAAACAGCUACCAGUAAUAUUAUAGGAAAGAAUCAAUUGUUAAAUAUAUUACAUAAGAGUAUGAACGGACCACCAUCACCAUCACAACAACAACAGCAACAACAACAAACUAGUCAAACGCAAAUGUUAUCAAGUUCAAAUGAAUUGUUGAAUAUAUUAAAAUAUCCAAAACAGCAACAACAACAACAACAGCAACAACAACAACAACAACAACAGCAACAACAGCAACAACAACAACAAACGGAGAAGAAACCAGCACGAGCAACAACAAUCUCAGACUCAAAAGCUUUAUUAAACGUUUUGAAAGCAUCAUCAUCGUCUGCUCAUCCUAACACUACCACACAUGUUGGAAAUGUUAACGAGGAAUCUCCAAUUCCAGAAGAAGACGAAACGAUAGAAACAUCGUUACAAGAUGAGUCACAAGAUGAAUCACGACUUGAUAAUAAUGAUGAUGACAGUUAUGAAAUGUUUGAAAAUAGUUCUGAUGAAGAAGAAAGUGAUAAUGAAGUGUUAUACAAUAAUAAUAACAACAUGAGCAGGAAAUCAUCAUUUAAAAGAAGUACAAAUGACAAUCAAGAACAAAAUUUCAUUAAGAAUGCUUUCGAAAUUAAACAUAUUUCAAUGAAAAACAAAAUAAAGCUGAACAAAAUAAAACUGGAAAUGUUUUUCAAUUCUCCUAUGUUGUCUGAUGCAUCUCUAAUAUUAUCAUCUGAUGAAAAUGAAAAUGAAACUGAAACUGAAGAUGAAAAUGAGGAGAAAAUUGAACAAGAGGAAUUACAAGAAAUUUAUAAAGAAGAAAAAUUACCAAAGGAAAUUUCUGCAAAACUUGUCGAUGAGGAAAACAGUUUUAGAGAUACAACAACAAUAUCCGAAACCAGCAACAAUAUACUUCGUAAUACGCAAUCAAAUAAUAAUGUCGAUGUUAUUCCACAUGUGGAUUCUAAUUUGAAAGACGAUAGUGUCAAAUCAGUUACAAGUUCAAUGGCAAAAGAAGACCAAACAACAGCACCAGUAGGAACAGCAACUUCUUCAUCAUUAUUACCAAAAUCAAAACCAAAGUUUAAGCUUUUGAAAAGAGGUGAAAAUAUCAAUGAUAUAAUGACGGAUAACAACAACAAAACUGUUGCAGCAAACAACCUAUCCAAUCAUUCAUCACCAGUCUUAAAAAAUAACGCAAUUUCAAAGGAACAAGAAAAUCCAUCUAAUAUUCUUUUGAGUAUUCUCAAGAAAUCAUCACCUCCACAACAACAACAACAACAACAAAAACAAACAGAUACUGAAACACAACCGAUUAAAAAACCAAUCUCGCAUAUUGAAAAGUUAAAUUCAACAAAUGAAGAACUUUUAAAUUUAUUGAAAAAGAAAGAGAGAAGUACCAGUCCAGUUAUAAAUGAAUUUCCACCUUCAUCUUCAUCUACAAAAUUUACAACAUUAUCGCCCUCAUCAUUAAAUGGUACCAACACUAUUAGUUCUGGCCCCCAUGAAACGAAGGCAUCUCAAUUAUUGAAAGUGUUAGGUUCAAGUAGAUCAAAUUCAAGGAAAAACUCAAGUGUAAGUCCAAAACAAAUAAUUCACCAAGAACCAUAUUUUUCACCAUCAUUAUCGUCGGAGCAACAACAUGAAUUUCCAAUACUUGAAAAUGAGCAUGAGCAUGAACAACACGAAAGUAGUUUUAUUCCUUCUGAUUUAUUAACGAAUGAUACUCAUCACUCAUCAUUACAUGACUACCAAAUUACUCAAGACAAUACAAAUACUAAUGAGAAUAACAAAGGGAACAAUAAUAUCAACCCUUCGGUGGAGUUAUUAAACAUAUUAAAGAAACCUACAGCAACAAAUCCGCUUUCACCAACAGUAUCGGGACAUGUUAAUUCUUCUGGAUCAAACGAACUAUUAAACCUUUUGCAUAGAAAAUGA